UUCCCUUGCGCUGCCCCCUUAAAAAACAGCGAUGGCCCAUUUUUCAAUCACCGAAAUGCCGGACCUGAAGGUGACGGAUACGUUCCCGAAAAGUGGCCGUGUAACGGAAGUUUGCAAGGAAUGGUUGGUCCGAGAAGAUGGUGCCUUAGCUUAUCAGCUGCAGAACCAAGAGAUUAAUGAACAUUACAAGGGCAAUAAACAACGCAACCAAAUCGUUCGGCAGGAUUUUCCGACGGCCUUGUCGGAGCAGAUUCGCGAAAAGGAAGAUGCCGAACGACAAGCAGCUCUUUACCAUCAGAUGAUCAAUGAGCAAGAAGAAAUGGAUGCGAAGGUAGCUAGAGAUAUUGCGGAACAACUGAACCGAGAGGCUCAAGCCAAACGCCAAAUGGAACUGCAACGUGGGGAACUGUUGGCCCGUAAGUUGCAGGAACAAGCGAUUCUGGGUGAUCGUAGACAUCCGCCAGGCAGUGCCGGUCACUCCGGGCGACAGCCUCCAAUUCAGGAACAAAAUCCUUUCCCACUGCCACCAAGAACACAUCCAAAGCCAAAGCCGCCGGGUGUGAGCAACGGUGCUCAAGAACUGCCCGGAAAUUCCAACUUUAUAGCACCUCCGGCGCAAAGCAAUGAAGCGGGACUGCAUUACGCUUCGUUGGAUUUGAACGCACCGAAACGACCGCCACCCCAGCCAGUCUUCCAGAAUGGCCGUGGAGGUUAUCAGGAAUCGUUUGCACCACCGGAACAGCAACGCCCGGCAGCAAACUUCAAUCAGUAUUCGGACGAUGAAGAAUCGACCAUCUCACCUGGUGGAGCGUACGCCAACAUAAACCUUCACUCACACACACCGGAAAAGAAACAACCUCCAGCGGCACCAGCACCUUUGUCCUACCGACAAGCUGCGCGAUCGAUUCUCUCUCCUCCAACGCAACAGACCACAGAUAAUGUGGACAGUAUACGACCUUAUUACGUGCCGGUUUCAAACGAUGACUUCCAGUAUCAAUACCCCCUACCUCCAACGGUAAACGAUAUAUCUGGAUCUUCCAGUAGAUCUGGAGCAGCCCGCUAUGGCCAUAACAACAUCGUACCGACAACAGAGGCUGACUAUCAGAACAACACGAACUUCAUCAAGUUGUCACCGGAGAAGUAUAUAGCACCAGCUCCAACGGGUCGUGAGGUAGGUGAUGCAUCCUUCGAUGGUGGAGUUCCUCACAUGCGACGAAGCGAAGCACCACCCUUACAGCGCACAGCAAACUCAAUCAACUACAAUCUGUACGAUGAUGAUGAUAUUGAGGAAGCGCUGGCAGGGACCAGCAGUGGUACUUACACCGCAACACCACUCCAUCAGCUAGGACUUCCGGCGGAAGCAGCACCGGGCCCGAGCCAUCGGUAUGCAAAUGGUGGAGCUACUCCAAAAGGUGUACUUCAUCACCAUCAUCCGCAUCAUCAGCACUCAACUAGCGGUAGCGGCGGUGCGAUCUAUCAGAACCAACCACACUCAUCGCAUGCCUCACCGAGUCAUUCGAAAAAUAGCAGCUACGACAAGACGGAUCGUAUUCGAACGUUGCAAGAUCUGGGAUUACCGCCGGACGAGAUACAGGAGAUCGAUAUGCGACUCGAGCAGGAAUUGCGCGAUGCGGAAUUGGCACGCAAGCUCCAAGAAGAGGAAGGUGGCCCGGUGGAUCAGGAAUUUAUCGAUCGCAAGUACGCGAUGGAAGCACAAGAUAAAGAGCUUGCCAAAAUGCUACAGGAACGCGAACGGGCCAAAGCAAAGCGUGCCCGUGAGAAAGCUCGACUAAAGAAGGAACAAAGACUACAGCAACAGAAACAAGAGCAACGUCCGGAUGGUACCGUAUCGGAGGAAGAUCCUCCGGUUGCGCUCGGAGAAGUUUCCGGUGAUGGAGAUGCUGGUGCAAUCGUUGAUGCUUCCUACUCGAACCCGAUCGAUAUGCUCCAGCAGCAGCAUCAGCAACAGCAGCAGCAGCUACGUCCACCAAAACUAAUCUCUCCCACUGGAUCUGCUUCCGGUGCGAGAGGUUAUUACGGACCACCGGUUCCGGUACCAACCACGGAACAUCCGCUACACAAUCAUCGUGCACAGGGUAGCAUAUCGUCACAUGGUUCUGGAUCGGGCAGUGUCAAUGGUAGUCAUCAUCAGCCACCACAAGCUAUCACUGACGAAAAUUACUCGAAUCCGAUCGAUAUGAUAAAGCAGCAGAAACAACAGCAACAGCUCUUGUUCCAGCAACAGCAACUCUUACAGCAACAACAACGUGGUGGACCCAACUUAAAGCUAUCCGCUAAUGUGCAACGAUUGGUGGAGAAUGGUCGAAAGGAGGAUGAAAUCUAUGUACUGCCGGUGUCGCAGGAGGAUCAUCCAGCCGUUGAUAUGCAAGCACCAUCGCAACGAACGCCUCCAAGACCUGGCACGCAAGCCGCAAACGGAGGACGCUUAGUUUCUUCACCGGGUUCAAGAAAUCAAUACGUGGAUGAUAACAUUGCCGCUAAGAUUGACCCAACAUUCGGUGGAACGGGAAUGGGACAUUCACCGACCUCCACUGGAACAUCCUCAUCAGCCGUAAACGCAUCGCAGCCAGAUAUCCUUGAAUUCUCCGACCCUGGUUCCUCUAGUCCAGUACCGCCACCCUACAUGCCGAUACAGGGAACUCGUCGCAAUAACGCCACGGACGGGAAGAAGCGCAAACCAAAGGAACGCUGCGCUCAGCAAUAG